AUGCCUGCUUCGGUUGCACCAAAAGAUGAUAUGAUUCCUAAUUCUGAUCUUGCACUAGGCACUAUGUCCAUAUCUGCUGUUGUUAAUUCAUUCAAUUCUUCAGACUGCCAAAUUACUGCAGCAUAUAAGGCAGCAUGCUCUCCGCCGCAGUUUCAAGUUAUUUGCUUCUUCUUCUCAUUGUAUUUAUUUGCACUAGCACAAGGUGGGCAUAAACCUUGUCUUCAAGCUUUUGGAGCUGACCAGUUUGAUGAGCAAAACCCAAAAGAAUGUAAAGACAAAAGCUCCUUCUUCAACUGGUGGUGUUGUUUCUCGAAUAUAGGUGUUGUAGUGUCUCUCUAUGUUUUGAACUACAUUCAAGACAACCUAAGUUGGGGUCUUGGCUUUGGAAUCCCAUGCAUUCUCAUGUGCGUUGCCCUAAUUAUGUUUUUGCUUGGAACUACGACUUACCGAUUUCGCACACAGAGUGAAGAAGCAAGCCCAUUUUUGAGAAUCAGUCGUGUGUUCCUAAAUGCGGCUAGAAAUUGGCGGACUACCCCGGCAGAAAUAUCUAAGGAAGAGGAUGCUCUAGGUAUUCUGCCUUAUCAAGGUUCUAGACAGUUCAGGUAA